UUUUGUUAUUUUCCAUCUCCCUUAGUCCAUGCAAAUGUUGGAAUUUUCUCUCAUAUGAGGUCAUGACCGUUUCCUUUCACGCCCAAAACAAUUCAAUACUCUGUAAUCUUACCAUUUGAGACCUUCUUGAAAAGUAAUUAGUUGUGCAGUUCUUCAAGAAGUUCCCAACAUUGUAUGGAAGCAAAUGCACAAUAUGGAUAUAAUUAAAGUGGAAGCUGAUUCAGAUUGUGAGGCUCAAAUUACAUCAGUAUGCAGUGAUGUGAAAGAGGAAGAGCAGUUUAUACCUAUAAUUAAACACGAAGAUGAGCAAAAUUUGGAUCUAAACUGCACACACCCUGAUUCAGAUGACAAGCAAAAUUUAAUAUUCCUUGUCAAUGAGGUGAAGGAAGAAGAGGAUCCCAUAUCAGUUGCAGUGCCCAUAAUAAAGACUGAAGUUAUGGAGGACAUACCAAUCAAAGAAGAGUUGACGGAUGAAGUAGAAAUAGAGGAUAAUCAGAUGUGUAUGAACAGAUCAAUGGACGAUCAACAAGAAAGUGAUUUUCCCAUUGACUGUAUGAGAGAAGACAUGUAUAUAAACAAUCAAGAUGAGCACAUUACAGAAGCUGGUGUUUAUAACAAUUAUGGGCAUUUUGACAUAAAUCCGACAAGGUACCUUAGCACAACAGUCAUUGAAGAGUGUAAUGGAAUGGAAGAAGGGCUAACACAUCACUGUGAAGUAUGCAGUAAAAAGUUUUCAAACAUAUGUAAUCUCAAGAGUCAUAUUCGUAAACAUACAGGUGAAAAACCGUAUAAAUGCGAUGUCUGUAAUGAUACAUUUUCUUACAGAAGCUCGCUGAAAGUACAUUUGCGUUAUCAUACAGGGGAAAAGCCGUAUAGUUGUGAUGUAUGCAAUAAAAAGUUUGCAACUAAAGGGAAAGCAAUGGAACAUAAUCGUGUCCAUACUGGAGACAAGCCUUAUCGUUGCGAUCUUUGCCCUACAACUUUUUCAAACCGUUCAGAUUUACGGAAACACAUUCGAAUUCACACUGGAGAAAAACCUUACUCUUGUGAUGUGUGCAAUAAAAAAUUCACAACUAGUUUCUCUUUGAAAAGUCAUUAUCGUCUACAUACGGGAGAGAAACCGUAUGUAUGUGACUUAUGUAACAAAUCGUUUUCUCAUAGCUCAAAUUUUAAUGAGCAUUACCGUACUCAUACAGGACUGACACCAUACCAUUGCGAUACAUGCAAAAAGAAAUUCAUAAAUAGUUCAGAACUUAAGAAGCAUAUGAUUAACCACACAGGUCAAAAGCCACAUUCUUGUGGGGUAUGUGAAAAAAAGUUCUCAACCAGGUUCUCUCUGAAGAUACAUUCUUACAUUCAUUCUGGUAAUAAGCCUUAUAGCUGUGACCUGUGUGGAAAGAAAUUUGUUAGCAAGAGUGAACUUCAAAGGCAUUAUCGUGUUCAUACAGGUGAAAAAACUUUGAUAUGUGAUGUUUGUGCUAAAAUGUUUUCCUCUAGCUAUAAUCUUGUGAUUCAUUAUCGUACUCACACGGGGGAGAAACCAUAUGAUUGUGAUGAAUGUAAGAAAAAGUUUUCCAACAAGACCGAUCUUGGUAAACAUUUACAGAGCCAUGCCACAGAGAAACCGUACAGCUGCAGUGUUUGUAUGAAGAAAUAUCGGAAUCGGUCAAAACUUAAUGAUCAUUUUCGACAACACACAGGCGAAAAUAACUGUAAUGUAUGCCAUAAGACAUUUUCUAGUAGCUGGAACCUUAAGUGUCAUUACCGUAUUCACUCUGGAGAGAAACCUUAUGCUUGCAGUAGGUGUGAAGAGAAAUUCUCCUUUAGUUGGAUUUUAAAGAAACACCUUCAAGUUCAUGAUAAAGAGAAAUCUCUGAAACAUGAUGAAUAAUUUCUACACUCUGGUUGGAACUUAUACUGGUCCAUGAUAAAUGUUAAGUACUUAAUUUUAAAUGUGACUACAUAAAAUGUGCAUUCCUUUUUAUAUAUGGAAGUGCCAAAUAAACGUCAAAAUUAUAUUCAAACCAUGAGGUAGAAAACUUCAUAGUUGCAAGUGUUUUGCCAUGCCAGGACAACUCAGUAUUUUUUUUAGCAAAAAUAUAUGAGUAUAAUUGUAUAAUCAGUGCAGUUACUCAUAUUAGUGCAACAGAUGAUGCUGCUGCCAAACUUUAUAAUUUCAAUUUGAAAAUAUGCUGAUAUGAAUUACAAACACUAAAGGCUAAUUUUAACAGUAUCUCUUGGAGGCAGUAAUGUGCCCACCCCUUAUGUAGACUAGCAAGGCUGAGUUGAAAAGUAGCCCCAAACUAGAAACAUCUCUUCAAAAACACUGUAGCUCUAAAGAGAGCUUGUACAUUUAAAAUCACAAGUAUGAAUCAACUCUUUGGUGUAAAAUUAGAAUGUUAUCUUAUAAUCAUAAUGUCAUCUGUUGUGAUGGAAUGAGUCUAUUGCAACAGUUCAGCACUGGGUUAAAGAAUUUGACCAUGUUCAUUAAUGAUACCUGACAUUCUUUACAUGUAAUAUAAAAAUAAUUCAAUUUAAUAUUUUGCACACAUUGUACUCCAAACUUAAUACCGAUGGGAUGGUUAAAUCUUGGGGGAUGAGAUGGGUUGAUAACUGGGGAGAGUUAAUACAGAAUUUAGGUUCAGAAGCCUCAAAGAGACAGUUUGGUAGCCCUGAGUACUAAGUGUAGGUGGGAGGAUAUUAAAAUAGAUAUAUGAUAAACAGUAUGUGACAAUAUGGACUGAAUUAAAGUCACUUAGGGCAGUGUCUAAUUACAGACUUUUCUGGACAGGUAACGGUAAUAAAAUUGUGUAUCUUAAAAGCAGUCUUUUCUUCACCAGUUGAGAGACAACUUUACAAGGAAACCAUACAAGACAAAGCAAGUUAAUAUAAUUCACCAGGGCUUGACAAUUUAUUGCCAUGAUGCCUAGAAUAUAGACAGCACUCAUUGCAAAUGCUGUCUAUAUUCUAGUUUGAAAAUACCACUUUAACUGUCUUUGUUUAGCAUCAUUUUGAAAUGUGCAAUUAUAUUGUGUCAACUGAUUGGACGGCAUAGCAUGUUUGUCGAGGAAGAUCUGAUUUCUUCAACUAAACAGGUUCACUGUUGUGUUCAAAAUAGCAGUGUCUGGUUAGGGUUUUACAUUAUUUGUAAGAUAGUAUACAAAUUAAAUGUGUAAGUAUAUUGUGGUGUUUGGUUGCUGGGUGUAGAUUGUUGGUUAGCAACAGUGUCAUUUGUGCCAUUAAAUAGGUCCAGAAUUGUGUUCAACAUAAAAUAAUCUGAUUUUUUAGAUUUCUUCUGUUUGUAACAUAUCGUAAAAAUGAAAUUGGCAGGAAGAACAGAGGAAUAAGAAGACCUAAAGAAGCAGAUUCGAAGCUCUAGUUCGGUCCUAAGUAUGUCUGGUCACAUUUAAUCUCAGUAUUUAGAAGGGAGGACUCCGUGGAAAUUUAUCUAUCUUGAAUUCAUCCUGACAAUUUGGAAGCAUGUAAAUAUAGAUUAAGAAAUGGAAAGUAUACCAAAACAAAUAAACAUGUAUUUUAAAUAUAAUAAUUUAGUCAGAGACUCUUGAGACAAAUCCAUUGAGGGUAUAACUUCUGAAGCAUACUACAAAUAUGUAACAUUAGUUUUUUGACACUUUUAACUGACAUGAGCCAUGGACUAAAGACAGCUUGUUAAAUUCAUAUACUUGAAAUUUAAUUUUUUUUUUGGGGGGGGGGUUACAAAUGUAGUAUGAAGUGUAAUGUGUUAUUGUUUUAAGUGCAUGUAUAUGAAAUACAUAUAUAAAUGAAUAUAAUGUAAUGUAGUAAAUGGCAGUAUAUCAUAUUUGUCAUGAAAUGAAGUAACUUUAAUUACCUACAAUCAUAUGCCAAGAGAUGUAACUCACUUCAACAAAGCAGUGUGUUUUAAGUGUUGAUGUUUCACAUACCUCCCCCCCUCCCCAACAAGUUUGCAGAGAUCACUGUCAUAUGGAGUACUUUCCAAACAGUGCAUGCAUGCAUUUCAUAAGCGUGGAAAUGAACAAGUGUCUCAGAAUUCAAAUAGAACUGGCUGAGGAUAAAACAUGACAUGUUUUUAGUAGACCAAGGUUUCAGGUGCCAUAAUGGUGUCUCCAGAAAGGUCGGAUUAUGAUAUAACAGGUACAAAAAUGGAAUAUCUGCUAAAUAUACAAUUAAAGAAAGCAAGUUGGAUGUCCUAGGGUUUUGUAAAGCAUGGAAAUGGAUCAUGUUGCCAACAAUUUAAAGGAACAUGUUUUCAUCUUCAGGAUUGACCCUGAAAAUGAAGACAACAGUAUUCUUCCAAAAGAAUAGCAACACGGCCCACUGCUAAAUAGCAGUCACCCAAUCACAGGACCAGCACCCUCACCACUGAAUAUACCAUAUGCCUUUCAGUUUUCUUCAGUUAUGUGCAACUAAGAAAGCUGAAAAUAAGCAGGGGCAACUGGAACUGAAUGCCAUUUAUCAGUCUUCUGUAUAUCAUGAUGUUAAUUUAUUAGCAGAAAAUAUAAAUAUAACAUACAACAUGAAAAUUAUUUAACAAUUAGUAAAAACACUGAUUGAUAAAUAAAAGGAAGAAAGAAAGAAAGAUCAUGUGAUAUUUUGUAACUAAAAUCCAGGUACAUAACAACAAGUCUGAUAAGGAUAUUUCCUGAGAGUCAAAAUUCAGCUGCUCCAAAACUCUGUGGUACCUCAAGUUUCAUCAGGCAUUACAAAAACGCAUUAGAACCCUAUCCUGAGUCAGUUUAAUGCAGUUCACAUCAUCACAACCUAUCUCUCUUAGAUCCAUUUUAAUAUUACCGUUUUUUCUUCUACUGUCCAAAAUGUUAAAUAUUAAAAUAUCUGAAACUGUAAUCUAUGUUCUUUCAUUUUGCUAGUAUAAAAUCUACUAAAAAUAUUGACAAAAAGACACAAUGGACCUGAGAGAGAUGAAAGGAAAGUGGAAAAUGUUAGUGAGGCAUUUCUUAAUCCAUCUUCUUUACCUAAUAAUACUAGGAGUGCCAAAAUAACUGGGCGUGUAACAUUCAUGG